UUUGUCGCUGUCUUUUGUUGUGAAAGUCAGCGGAAGUGUUGUGACAGAGGCGGAAGUGGCUCUUGGAGGAAGCUGCGGGUUUUGUGUUUGUGUUUUUCAUUUGUUUUUUUUGUGUUUUUACUCGGUUCGGUUCCGCUGCGGGACACAGAUGUACUAUUAUCGAUAUGAAAACGCUGAGGUCAGCUGCUGUUACAAAUACCUCAUGUUCAGCUACAACAUCGUCUUCUGGUUACUGGGAGCAGCUCUGAUCGCAGCAGGACUCUGGGCCUGGAGUGAGAAGGGAGUUCUUCAGGACCUGAGUGUUCUGACCCGGAUCCAUGGUUUUGACCCGGUGUGGGCUCUGCUCGUGUCCGGAGCCGUCAUGUUCAUCCUGGGCUUCGCCGGCUGUGUGGGCGCCCUGAGGGAGAACCUGUGUCUGCUCAAGGCCUUCUCGUCCAUGGUGGGUCUGAUCUUCCUGCUGGAGGUUCUGGCCGUGGUUCUGGUCCUGGUGUUUCAGAGUCAGGUGUUUGACUGGAUCCAGGCGUUCUUCAUGAAGAACAUCAGAGCGUACAGAGACGACAUCGACCUGCAGAACCUCAUCGACUCCCUGCAGACCUCGACGUGGUGUUGUGGGGCUCAGGGUCCUGACGACUGGGAGCAGAAUCCUUAUUUUUCCUGUAAUUCCACAAACGCCUCCAGAGAGCGCUGUGGAGUCCCCUUCUCCUGCUGCGUCCUGGACCCCGCCGAGUCGGUGUUAAACUCUCAGUGUGGAUAUGACGUACGCAAAAGGUCAAAGUCUGAUUGGGCGGAGCAGAUCCACACUCGUGGUUGUAUCGCGGCGCUGGAGCAGUGGGUCCCUGGGAACCUGUACACCGUGGCCCUGGUGUUUGUGACCGUGUCCGUGCUGCAGAUGCUGGGGAUCUAUUUGGCCCGAAGUUUAAUCACCGACAUUUACAAAGUCCAGAUCAACCAUAUCCGAAACCCGGUCUACUGAGAACUGGACCUGGACUGGACCGGGACUGGACCAGGACUACGGAGUCUGCAGUGGACCAAACUAACUACUGAAAAUAACUGAGGACUAAUGAGCUAACUGUGCCUUCAACUUCUCCACACACGCGGGACCAGACCAGGUCUAGACCAGGUCCAGAUCUGGGACAGUCCAGGGGGUACACAUGGUCUGGGCCUGGUCUGGACCUGGUCUGGGCCUGGUCUGGGCCUGGUCUGGACCUGGUCUGGACCUGGUACCCGGGUGUGGCCCUGCGCUCUCGUCUGCUUUGAUAAUAAUGUUUUAUUUUUGUAAAACUGUUGAAUGUUUUUUUUACUGAAUAAAAACUUAAAACUGCA